UUCAAGGACAUAGCGAUUUAUUUCACUUCCUUGAUUCAGCUAUGUACAUGUAUGAGGUGAUCUUGUUUUUCUUGAUUUGUCCAUUUUGUCAAGUUUUUAGUAUGCAUACAGGGCACUGGAGUUUGUUUGCCAGCUUGUCAACUACAAUCGGGGAAAAUAAUGUUAUUCUCUCCUGCGACUUUGAUGAUUAUAUCAAUGAAGAUAACAUAAUUCCUGAAAUGAUUCUGGAAAUCCGACAAAACAACACUAGAGAAGACUGGAAAGAAGUUGCAAAGACUAACGUCACAGGAUCCUACAUCCUCAAAACGGAUCAGAACUUUGAAAUUUAUCUUAUCACGUCUGAUAGAUGUUAUCCUGAUCCUGAAGAGUAUAUUGCAUGCAGGAUACAGAUUUUUGCGUCUUUAACUCUUAGCAGAUGUUCAAUUGACCCAAACCUUUACUCCAUCUUCCGAUGUAGAGUGUCCAACGGGAGUGAGAUGUUCAAAAGUCUAGAGAAAAGUAUCGUAUCGACCAAAGGUCAAUCUCCGAAGAAAAUUCAGGCCUUAACUAUUAUUAAAAGCAGCGGGGAAAAACCAGGAGAUGUGGUACAGCUUAAAUGCAUCGGAGAAGUUGAAAGCAUAAACGGUCUUCCUAGCCAAAACAUCAGGUGGUGCAAAAAUAUUUCUGAAAAAUUUUCUGAAAUAUCCCUUCAAGACCCUCCAAUCACCUCAGUAGUAUCUAGCAGCAGAGAUGGAUGCAUAAAUGUACAGGAAUCGACGAUCUUUUACCACAUCAUGAAAAGUGAUGCAUACCUAGAAAUAAUGUGUGAGUCGGGCUACGACAAAUACACACGUGAAUGUGGAAAAGGAAGUGCAAAUUCGACGUUAUUCAUAAACACAAAAACUUUGAUUGAAGCAGAUGUGCGGUGGAAAGUAUCUCCUAUCUUUAUGUACGACGAAAAUGGGGCUAUUGACGAACAAUAUUUCAACACUCACGGAAUUGGUAGAACAAUUCAUCUGUCGUGUAGUGCUUCCUCAUUCGCGUCUAACGAACAGAUGAUAAAAUGGUGCGUUAAAAAGACAGAUAAUGCUAACUGGACAAAGGUUGUCACACAAGAAGGCGAAAUAAAGAUUUCAACAAAUAAAAGCGGAGAGAUGAUAAUGUUCAGUCGAAUUACCUAUCAUGUAACGGAGUUCGACAAGGUUCUUCAUUUUAUCUGUGAAGUUUCUACUUCCUCUUCCAGUCCCUGUGGAUCAGGAUUAAAUUUUUCAAGUCUUACAAUUCGGAUAAAUGCUCAUCAAACAGCUCAACACACAAAGCCAUCUGAAUCGGAUAGUACUACCCCUGUAGUCGUUUUAUCCUUCUUUCUGUGUUUAAUUUUAAUCACAGUAAUUGUUCUUGUGAUAGUGAUCUUCAGAAGAGGAGAAUUGACAAUAUUUGGAGUUGUGAUCAAGAUUGAAAGAAGCAGCAACCGAUUUCAACUGCCGGAGGACGGAAACAAAGUUAUUUCAGUACCUUCUCAAGCAAAGGCCUCCGAAAGUAUAUCACAAACAAGCAAACGAUAUAUCGAAGAGCCAAUGAGACAUAAUUCUAAAAUUGACAAAAAGAAGACAGAGUGUAAAAAUGAGAAAGAUUCAGAAGACAACACACAAGGGUUUUAUGAAGAACCAGAAUGCACAUUGGCAGUUCAUAGACAAAGUGCUUACGAAAAUGAAGUGUUGAAAGAUGACAGUUUGAACGAAGGAGGAAAAUUAAAAGAAAACAGUGAAUCACAAAUAUGUGACUACGAUGAGCUGAACAUUGAAGAAGAACAACAAAACUACGAAGAUCUAGACUUACAUGUUUAACAAAUACAUGAAUUAACAAGAUGAAAAAAAACGAAUAUUUGUUUUCACUGAGAGCAGGAUAAAUGUUAUAUUAACGUCAAAAUAUAUAAUUUUUUAUAAACGUAUAACGACAGUCUUAUUUCCAAAUUUGUACAAUUUGUACUGACUUGCUCCAUCUAUUGAAACAUGUUGAUUUGUGAUGUAGGUUGUAUGCAUAGUUUUAGAAAUAAAUGUAUAUGUAUAACUUUGGAUACAGGAGCA